AUGAAGAUUGCUUCUUUCUGGGUGUCUAUCGCCCUAUUAGCGCCACAGGCUCUAGCAGAAGCCACAACGACAUCUGCUACGUCCACUACCUCUACUGCCGCGGCGGCAACCUGUACAGCUUCCCUUAUCACCAGUCUCUGCGACUACACGGAACCCGACGAAGGAACCGGCGUCGCCAGCGACGGUGCGGCCUCCUGCUGGGAGUAUUGCAACGACAACCCUCCUUGCGACUUUGUUAUCUUCCUCGAGGGCAACCCGUACCUGGGCACCGGCACAUGCUGGCUGUACCCAGGUGAAACCUAUGAUGAGAGCCAAGGCAGUUCGGAAGGCUGCAACAACCCUUACCUAGAUGUCUACGACAAGCCCGAGUGUUCUGGAGGCAGCCCAACCUCCACUGCCGGCACCUGCGAAGCCACCGCGUCUCCAUCUGCUAUUGCCUCGGUCUGCGGGUACCCUAAUCCCGGUGAUGAUUGCUUCUACGACUGUGCUGCUAGCUCGGGCGCCUCGCACUGUCUGAGUAUGUGUGCUGAGCGCGACGCCUGCAACUAUGUCGUCUUCAACCCGCACAAUCCGAGCAACUCGCCGUAUCGGUCGGGCACCUGCUGGAUGUAUCCGAACGGUACAUAUGACGCUGAUGCUGCGUCCGAUUGUGACGGCGAGCCUGAGCAGUUUGUGUAUGAGAACGUGUGUCCUAAGCCGUCGCCUUCGUCAUCGUCCUCCGAGGCCGCUUCGUCGACCUCCGUUUCAUCGUCUCCGACGGAGAGCUCGAGUGGCGCUGAAAGUGCAACCCCUACUUCGGGCAUAGAUUCAACUGCCAUUGCUGCUGAGGAGGGAACUACUACCGAUGAGAAUUCGGCGCCUUCUGGCAUCUCGCUCACUAUGCCUUUGGCUAUGGCUAUGGGUGUGGCUAUGGUAAUGUGGCAGGCCCUUGGAUGA